CAUAAUUUAAACACUAAACACAGACUUCCUGUUAAUUUACGAGCCGCCAUGUGAAUUUGUAGUGCAAAAUCGUUGCAUCUUGCCUACUUAUGGCAAACUCUUCAACUAUUUGUCGUAGAUAAUUAAUUGACAUAGUAAUACAAUGGCUGGUGAACAUCGUAGAUCGACGGUGGCGCAGUUCUUCGAGGAGGAAGAUGAUGCGGCACUGGAAAGCACCUCCACAUAUGACCGGGUUGUUGAUCUCAUCAACAAGGCUUCCUUGAUGCAGAAAGAUGCCCAAAAAAUCAACAAUCUGAAACAGGUGCAAGAGCUGAUUAUUCACAAGGAGCCAAAUUUAUUGGAUAACUUUUUAGAUGAAAUGCUGGCCUUUCAGAGUGAUAGAACAGUUGAUGUGAGAAAAUUUGUGAUCAGCUUCAUGGAGGAAGCAUGCAAGAAGGACAUGGAGUUGCUGCCAAAGAUACUUCCCUGUCUGCAGCUGUUGUUGGAGGACGAGAAUGUCAACAUCCAGAAGAAGGUCAUCCUCAUCAUGUCUCAGGUCUACAAAUGUGUCCUCCAGUGGAUGUGCAGUGCCAAAGGGGUUAAUGAUGAGAAAAUGUAUGUGUGGGAGAUGGUUAAGAGCAUGAAGAUUAAACUACUGGAGAUGGCUGAUUCAGAAAAUGAUGGAGUGAGGACUCAUGUGGUGAAAUUCUUAGAAGGCAUGGUGAUGAUAUUGUCCCAUUCAACAUCUGAGUCUGAGUUUCCAAAGAACUUCAAACCAGAGAGUGAUAUUAACCUCAGCAUUGUCCCAGAGGACAGUGACAACAAAUACCUCAAGCUCAAACGCCUCGAGGAUGAAGGCAAAAACAUUUUUGAGACCAUGUUACACUUCCAAGCUUCUCCACACAUAUCCAGUAUCAACUUAAUGACGGUUAUGGGCAGUAUAACAGCCAUAGCUAAACAGAGGCCGGCAUUUUUUGGCAAAGUCGUUCAGGCGUUUGAAUCUCUUCAAGUAAAUUUGCCGCCGACACUGGCCAAGUCCCAAGUAAGCAGUGUGAGAAAGAACCUGAAGAUGCACAUGUUGUCGUUGCUGAGACAUCGCUGUUCCGCAGACUACAUGACACAGAUCACAACCCUUCUGACAGAUCUGGGCGCCACAAACUCCGAGGUGAUGAAAGCCAUGCCAAAAAUAGAUGAAAGUAAAAAGAGAAAAGCUGAGGAGUCCACACAAGUGGCAAAGAAAGCCAAAAUUGAGGAGGUGGAGUUAGAUGACGAUGAUGCCGGUAUGACACCGUUUGUGGACAGAACGACAACCAAGUCUGCUCCAACAGUCAAACAGCAGUCCACAGCCGUUGACAUCACGUCUGAGGAUCUGGAGUCCAGGCUCAACGCACAGAAUGUGGCUGAUCUUGUUCUGAUCAGCAUGGUGAUGUUGCCGGACACAAUGCCAGCCCAUUUCCAGUCGACCUACACUCCUAUAGCUGCUGCCGGGACAGAGGGUCAGAUCAAACACAUAGCCAGACUCCUGUCCACCCAACUAACUACUGCAGGCAUGGGCAAGGGUGUGGCUGAAACACAGGCACAGUCUGAAGAGAAUGAGGGAGCUGGUGGCGAAUCGCCAGCCUAUCAGCCAUCCUCUCCCAAACAGCUUAUCCAGACUGUUGUGGGAGGGCUAACAGACGAUUUACCAGCACUACCCAGCUCGAGUAAAGCGCAGUCAAUGCAGCCGCCUGCACCUGUCCGCCGAGGGAUCAAACAGUUCAAGUUAAGUAGUGUGACCCAGGAACUCAAUCGGGACGACCUUGACCAAAUGACCAUCAGUGCUGUAGGCAGGAUCCUCAACGCAGAAAAGAGUGCUACACAGGGCAAUGUACUACCAGCCAGGACCAAGCUGUUAGCCGGGCUUACGUCGCAGUUUGGUGGCGAACUCAGAGACCUCCUGGAGGAGUACAUCUUUGAGGACCUGCGGUCAAGGUUUGACCUAGCGUUUGCCUGGCUUUACCAGGAGUAUGCCAAUUGUAUGGGAUUCUGUGCCCCGCUGAUGAAGCUGGAAAAACCAUCGCUGGCAAGCUACGACGAGUGUCUCACACGACUCCUGGCUGGUCUCCUGGGUCGAGUGGACCUCAAGGAAGGAUUUUUCCAGCGAGUGCUGAUAGAAGCUCCUGCUGUGACUGACAAUGCUAUUCUGAUUCUGAAGAAAUACUGCUUAGAUGAGAACCGUGUGGUGGCAGGCAUGAGCACUCUGAAGGAACUGAUCCUGACUCGACCAGUUCACCGGCACCGCUUUCUCAACGUCAUGCUGGAGUCAUGUUCACAUGACAAACCAGAGGUUCGAUCAACAGCUAUCCGGUUCACAAAGAAGCUGUAUGAGAAACCACAGAUCGCCCCACAUAUAGAGGAAUAUGCCUCUAAAAUGCUGAAAUAUUUACUAUUGCCAAAACCUCCAAGCGAGAUGUUUCCGCGAUCUAGAUCAGGUGAUCUGCCACAGUCCUGGAUUGAGGACAUCAUUAAGAUGUGUCUGUACCUGUACCUAGGUCUGCUGCCUAGCAACCAUAAGUUGAUCCAGGAGUUAGCUGUUGUGUAUACAUCUGCCACAGCUGACAUUAAGAGGACAAUUCUUCGUGUGCUAGAAAACCCGGUGAAGGGUAUGGGGAUGCAGUCCCCAGAACUCCUAUUGCUGGUUGAGAACUGUCCGAAGGGGGCGGAGACCCUGGUGACCAGGGUCAUUCACAUCCUCACAGACAAAGCUGCCCCGUCACAGGAGCUUGUAGAAAGGGUACGAGACCUGUACCACAAACGUGUGCCUGAUGUCCGCUUCCUCAUUCCAGUACUGACAGGGCUGCACAAGAGAGAAGUAAUACUGGCCCUGCCCAAGCUCAUUAAACUGAACCCAGUGGUGGUGAAGGAAGUGUUCAACAGACUUCUGGGAGGCCAUGGUGAAACCAGCUUCUCGUCGCCCCUCACACCGGCCGAGCUGUUGAUCUCCCUCCACAAUAUUGACCCCAAUAAGUGUGACAUGAAGACCAUCAUCAAAGCCACUAACCUGUGUUUCUCUGAGAAGAACGUAUACACACAGGAGGCUCUGGCAGUGGUGAUGAAGUCCCUGAUGGAACAGGCGCCCCUCCCCACACUCUUCAUGAGGACAGUGCUGCAGUCCCUGUCCAUGUAUCCCCGUCUCCUUGGCUUUGUACUCAACAUUCUACAGAGACUGAUUACCAAACAGGUGUGGAAACAGAAACGUGUGUGGGAAGGCUUCAUCAAGUGUUGUCAGAGGACAAAGCCCCAGUCGUUCCAGGUCCUGCUACAGCUGCCGUCCCUCCAGUUAAAGAGUGUGUUCGAGAGCUGUCCUGAGCUACGGGAACCUCUGCUCAACCAUGUCAAGUCCUUCACAGAACACCAGAUUACACAUAUACCCAAGGCAAUCAUGGCUGUCCUGGAGAAGGACCCUCUAGAGGAACAACAGAAACAGGCACAGAAGGAAAACAUGGAGGCUGAGGCCAGGAGAAUCGCUGAGGCCAAAAGUAUCACAGGUCCGCCUGAGGUCUUGGUACAGGUCAGACAGGAGCCGAUGGAAACGCAGGUUAUACAGACAGUGGGUACAGUGUCACAUGAGCAGCAGGCUGCAGAAAAGGCCAAACAGGAAGCUGAAAGAAGGAAGGCAGAGCAAGCUAAACAGGAGGCAGAGGAGAGAGAAAGGGAGGAACGGGCUAAGAAGGCUGCGAAGGAGAAAGCUGAGGCAGAGGAGAAGGCAAGAAUUGAGGCAGAACAGAAGGCAGAGAGGCAACGGCUGGAAGCAGUGAGAGCUGCGGAAGCCGAGAAGAUGGUUGCCAGAGCCUUGGCUGAAGAAGAGAUGAUUGACGAGGACCCAGAUUCGCCUGAAAACGCCCUGGCCAUUGCGGAGGACGAACCCAUGGAUGUGUCUCAGACGUCGGAGUCGGCUGAGCAGUCGCAGGAUACGGAGGAGGAGGAAAAAGCUGCUGAGGAAAUAGAGGAAGGGGAGGCAGUGGAUGAGGAGGAGGAGGAGGAAGAGGAGGUCAAGGUCACCAAGCCAAGAACUGCUCGCCGUGGAAGAGUAAAAGCAUCAUCCUCACGGUCGUCGGCGGCCAAGUCAGCCCCACCACCAACCAGGAAAAGUUCUAGGACAAAGAGAUAAACAAGGAGAAUGUUUUUGGUUAGGUUACAUUGUGAAGUGAGUGAGAAAAGUACUCUGAAAGUGACCUUUAAUAUUAGUUCAAAGAAAGGAAUGAAGCCCCAUAAAAUCUUCCUUCCGCACAGCAUAGACUUCUAACAUUGACUUUGGAAGGCAAGGAAAUAGCUCAUCUCCAAGAAAAAGUAGAAUACUGACAUUUUCUGAAAGACAUGAUUUUGAAAGUCCUAAAAUAUCCACGUGGAAAUAUUGGAUGAAGGUGUUUUAUGAUAAACAGAGGAUGAAAGUACAAAACCUUUCAAGGAUAUACAGUAACCGAUGAUUCCACAUUUAUCAAAGUGUUGUGUUAUUGAUAUCAUAAUUCUGCCUAAAUCUUGCAUUGAUUGAGAUUCACCUGAACAGUUUUGUGUUUUUUUAGGUCACCUGAGACUUGUUUCAGUUCUCAUUAAUCAUCUGCUCAGAAAAUAUAGAAGAGGUGUAUGUUGCAUCGUACGUGUCAAAUUUAGUUUCAAAUAUUUUUCAGAAUUUAAUUAUUGUUUUUGAAAAUGAGUGUAUUUUGUUUUACGUUUGAAGUAGAUGAGAUUAUAGAAGAUAUUCCAGUAUAGAGUGAAUUUUAAGCUAUGAUUUGGAUUGGGAACUUCCUUAUCAAAUCAAUAUUUUCCCAGUGUUCUUUGAAAUGUCUCAUUUUGUCCUCUUGAAUAUUCAGCGUAAAGUAAAUUUAAUCAGAGUACAUGACAUAUUGUACAACAACAACAACAAAAACAACAACAAGAAAAAGAGAAAAAAAUAGAACUCUAGCUGUAAACAUUGGUACUCAUAGGAUUUGUUUUCAAGUUUCAGAGUUGAUGCAUCUUAAAGGGAAAACAGUUUAACAAUGAAAAGAAUUAAUCAGUUUUAGUCAAGAUAAUGGCAGAUGAGGGGUAGUAUUCAAAAUUGACUGAAAGAACCUAUCAUGAAAUUUCUUACCUUGUCAGUAUUGAUAUUGAUAUUGGUUUAGUGAUUAACGUUAUUUGAGGGUAACAAAACAUAUCCUUGUUAAUUAACGGAGGUGUUGUCUGAAGUUAGCCAGUGAAAUAUUCAAGUUGUGCUGCAAGUCAUAAAUGCAUUUCUAGCGAUUAACCCAGUGUGUUUAUAAUGUACAUGGAUUAUGGCUUCAAAUGUAGCCAUGACCCUCAGGUUUUAACAUACAAAUCAAGGUGGAGUUACUCUCAAGUGUGAUCUUUAUAUCAUUAUAGUCGAAUCACCAUUUUCAUCAUAAACUUCAUUGCUUGGUCUGUGUACAUGUUUCAUGAGAGGAGAUAUUUUUAUGUGCUGUUGAUCCGAAACAUUGAUGAUCUGUUUUGUAUACUUGUAAAGUGCUGUUGGCAUGUAUGUGAGAAGAUCACAUCGAGAUGUUGUCAAUAAACGUUUCCAUUGUAAACUCU